AUUUGAUUUCAGUGUGAAAUUCAUUUCAAAAACAAGAAAGCACAGAACAAGUGUCAAUAUUGACACGUAGGCAUACCAACCAAAAACGAAAAAUUCUCGAUCUCUUAGUACAUGUGCUUCUGGAAGCAGUCUAAUAAAAAUAAUAAACGAAUAGAGAAAUGAAGCAGAUUGUGAAUAACCAAACGGUUAAGAUCCCUAAGGGACUUACUGUUACCGCCAAGUCUCGUGUGGUCACUGUUACAGGACCAAGAGGAGUUCUCAAGAGGUCAUUCAAACAUCUAGCUUUAGACAUUCGUAUGGUGAAUCCAAGAUUACUGAAAGUAGAAAAAUGGUUUGGAACUAAAAAAGAAUUGGCCAGUGUUCGUACUGUAUGCUCACAUGUUGAAAACAUGUUGAAAGGUGUAACCAAAGGUUAUCAAUAUAAAAUGCGUGCGGUAUAUGCCCAUUUCCCUAUUAAUUGUGUUACAACAGAAAAUGAUACUGUAAUUGAAAUCAGAAAUUUCUUGGGCGAGAAAUACAUUCGAAGAGUGAAGAUGGCCCCAGGAGUUACAGUUAAAAAUUCCCAAAAACAAAAGGAUGAACUGGUCCUUGAAGGAAAUUCUUUAGAAGAUGUAUCAAGAUCUGCUGCUCUCAUUCAACAAAGUACAACAGUAAAAAAUAAGGAUAUACGUAAAUUUUUAGACGGAUUGUAUGUAUCAGAAAAAACCACAGUUGUUCAAGAUGAAUAGAAUAUAAUAAAUAAUUAUAAAGAA